AUGAGGCGGGACGUGCGCAUCCUGCUGCUCGGCGAAGCCCAGGUGGGGAAGACGUCGCUGAUCCUGUCCCUGGUGGGCGAGGAGUUCCCCGAGGAGGUCCCUCCCCGGGCAGAAGAGAUCACUAUCCCUGCAGACGUCACCCCGGAGAAAGUGCCCACCCACAUCGUGGACUACUCAGAAGCUGAGCAGACAGCCGAGGAGCUCCAGGAGGAGAUUCACAAGGCCCAUGUGGUGUGUGUGGUGUACGAUGUCUCUGAAGAGGCCACCAUCGAAAAGAUCCGGACCAAGUGGAUCCCCCUGGUGAACGGGAGGACCACAAGGGGGCCCAGGGUGCCCAUCAUCCUGGUGGGCAACAAGUCAGACCUGCGGCCCGGGAGCUCCAUGGAAGCUGUGCUGCCUAUCAUGAGCCAGUUCCCAGAGAUUGAGACCUGUGUGGAGUGCUCAGCCAAGAACCUGCGGAACAUCUCGGAGCUGUUCUACUAUGCCCAGAAGGCUGUCCUGCAUCCCACAGCGCCCCUCUACGAUCCUGAAGCCAAGCAGCUGAGACCCGCGUGUGCCCAGGCCCUCACGCGCAUCUUCCAGCUCUCAGAUCAGGACCUGGACCAGGCGCUCAGUGACGAGGAGCUCAACGCCUUCCAGAAGUCCUGCUUUGGGCACCCCCUGGCCCCCCAGGCCCUGGAGGAUGUGAAGACUGUGGUGUGCAAGAAUGUGGCAGGCGGCGUGCGGGAUGACCGGCUGACUCUGGAUGGCUUCCUCUUUCUGAACACGCUGUUCAUCCAGCGUGGCCGGCACGAGACCACGUGGACCAUCUUGCGGCGCUUCGGCUACAGCGACACUCUCGAGCUCGCAGCUGACUACCUCUUCCCGCCGCUCCAUGUACCCCCCGGCUGCAGCACCGAGCUCAACCACCUGGGAUACCAGUUCCUACAGAGGGUAUUUGAGAAGCAUGACCAGGACUGUGAUGGCGCCCUGUCGCCUGUGGAGCUGCGGAGCCUCUUCAGCGUGUUCCCAGAAGCCCCCUGGGGUCCGGAGCUCCCGCACACAGUGCGCACCGAGGCCGGCCAGCUGUCCCUGCACGGCUUCCUCUGCCAGUGGACCCUGGUGACCUAUCUGGACGUCCAGCGCUGCCUCGAGCACCUUGGCUACCUGGGCUACCCCACCCUUUGCGAGCAGGACUCCCAGUCCCAGGCCAUCACAGUCACCCGCGAGAAGAGGCUGGACCAGGAGAAGGGGCAGACGCAGCGCAGUGUCCUCCUGUGCAAGGUGGUGGGGGCACGAGGAGUGGGCAAGUCCGCCUUCCUGCAGGCGUUCCUUGGCUGUAGCCUGGGGGUGAGCGACACCAGGGAGUCUCCUGAGGAGCCACCCGCCUAUGUCAUUGACACGGUGCAGGUCAACGGGCAGGAGAAAUACUUGAUUCUGUGUGAGGUGAGCGCAGACAGCCUGCUGGACGCCUCGGUGGAUGCUGCCUGUGAUGUCGCCUGCUUGAUGUUCGACGGCGGCGACGCAGACACCUUUGCACACUGUGCCAGCAUCUACAAGCGCCAUUACAUGGACGGGCAGACCCCCUGCCUCUUCAUCUCCUCGAAGGCUGACCUGCUCGAAGGCGUUGCCCCAACCGGCCUGGCCCCUGCUGAAUUCUGCCGCAGGCACCGGCUGCCUGCCCCAGCCGUGUUCUCCUGUGCCGGCCCUGCCGUACCCAGCACCGUCAUCUUCACCCGGCUUGCUACCAUGGCAGCCUUUCCGCACCUGGCCCAUGCAGAACUUCACCCGACCUCCUUCUGGAUCCGGGGCGUGCUGGGGGUCCUCGGGGCCGCCGUGGCCGCAGUCCUGAGCUUCUCCCUCUACCGGGUCCUGGUGAAGAACCGAUGAGGCCCCCACAAGGAGCCCCUCACCUGACCCGGGCCUGGUUGGGCCCUGCAGGGGCAGCACAGCCACGCGUGUGGACUCCCAACCUGGCAGUCGCCCUUGGCCCAAGCCCUGGUGUGUUGGGGUCACCACUUUUGUCUAGACCUUUGCUUUUGAAGACAGGCUGCCCCACAGAGCCCUCUGUUCUGCCAUGCCACUGCCCCGACUCCUGUCCAAGCCUGGGGUGGGCAGCAGUGGGUGGGCUGGGCGGCAGCUCUGGUGCCAGGCAUUGCCUCACCUCUGUGUUUGUUGGGCUGGGGCCCAGGUGAGGAAGCCAGCAACAGACCCAGAAUCCUCAGGGCUCCAGCCCUCUUCCUGGUCUUGGGUGGCCAGUGGGUACCAAGGGGGCUGGAAGGCAGAGCUUCAGCCAAAGGUGGGGGUUGGGUCAGGGCCCCCCCACCCUUCCAUUCAACGUGGGCCCUUUUCCACUGUUGCAAGACAUGAGAUUGGGUUUCCUGAUUAAACUCACUUGUGUUCUUUCCACUUUCGGA